AGCAUGAGUGUGGACGAGGACGCCCGCUGGCUGGAGUGGGUCACCAAACAGUUUGAGAGCAUCGCCGGGGACGACAAAGAGAUCGACAUCGAUGAGUUUAAAACGGCUCUCAAAGUCAAAGAGUCUUUCUUUGCGGAGCGUUUCUUUGCGCUGUUCGACUCGGACGGCAGCGGCUCCAUCAGUCUGGACGAGCUGCUGAAAGCUCUGGACCUGCUGAUCCACGGCAGUGAGACGGAUAAACUCAAGUUCCUGUUCCAGGUCUACGACGUGGACGGCAGCGGCUCCAUCGACCCGGACGAGCUGCGGACGGUUCUGAAGUCUUGUCUGCGCGAGAGCGCCAUCUCUCUGCCGGAUGAGAAGCUGGACGACCUGACGCUGGCGCUGUUCGAGUCGGCCGACCAAGACAACAGCGGAUCCAUCACCUUCGAGGAGCUCAAGGCCGAGCUGGAGAACUUCCCCGAGGUCAUGGAGAACCUCACCAUCAGCGCUGCUAACUGGCUGAAGCCCCCGGCGGCGGAGCAGAAGAAACGGCGUGCGCCGCGGUACCUGACGCGCGCCUACUGGCAGAACAACAGCAGGAAGCUGUUCUUCCUCUGCCUGUACGCCGUGGUCACCGUGCUGCUGUUCACCGGCGCCAUGCUGCAGCAUCGCCACGGCGGCGGCUGGUUCAUGGUCGCCAAGGGCUGCGGGCAGUGCCUCAACUUCAACUGCACCUUCAUCCUGGUUCUGAUGCUGCGGCGCUUCCUGACGUGGCUGCGGGCCACGUGGGUGGUGCGGGUCUUUCCUCUGGACCAGAACAUCCUGCUGCAUCAGAUCGUGGGCUACGCCAUCCUCUGCUUCACGCUGGUGCACACCACCGCGCACGUCUUCAACUUUGUGCAGCUCUCGGAGCACAGUGGCUUCUCUCUGUGGGAGUACCUUCUGACCACGCGUCCCGGCGUGGGCUGGGUCAACGGCACGGCGUCUCUGACCGGGGUCGUCCUGCAGCUGGUCAUCUUCCUCAUGGUGCUCUGCUCCAGCACCUUCGUACGCCGCAGCGGACACUUCGAGGUGUUCUACUGGUCUCACCUGUCCUACGUGUGGGUCUGGGCUCUGCUUGUGGUUCACUGUGCAAACUUCUGGAAGUGGUUCCUGGUCCCGGGCCUGAUCUUCCUGCUGGAGAAGAUCGUAGGAAUCGCCGUUGCCCGUAUGGGAGGACUUCACAUCGUGGAGGUCAACCUGCUGCCGUCCAAGGUGACUCACCUGGUGAUCAAACGUCCGGAGUUCUUCCACUUCAAACCGGGAGACUACGUCUACAUCAACAUCCCCGAGAUCGCCAAGUACGAGUGGCACCCGUUCACCAUCAGCAGCCCUCCGGAGCAGUCCGACAGUCUGUGGCUCCACAUCCGCUCCAUGGGCCAGUGGACCAACCGCCUCUACGAGUACUUCAGGCAGCCGCAGAGAGAGGUGGUCAGCCCCAAGAGGCUCGCCGCCAGCCUGAGGGACCGCAGACAGCUGACCAGGGCACAGGAGGAGUUGUUCAGCUUUACUAACUGUAACGGAGCCGUAGCGUCUAACGAGAACGCCGCCGUCGAGCUGAUGAUGUACAGGCAGAACGGCUCCCCGGCCCCCCCCACCUCUGAGGCUCCGCCCCCAGACGGGCUGGGGCCCGCCGAGAGGGGAGAGGCUCCUCCAACCAGAGAGGUUUCUGCCAAGUUUGGUGAGAAUCACAGAUUCUGCAACAUCAAGUGUUACGUAGACGGACCGUAUGGGACCCCUACGAGACAGAUCUUUACCUCUGAGCACGCAGUCCUGAUCGGGGCUGGUAUUGGGAUCACACCGUUCGCCUCCAUCCUGCAGAGCAUCAUGUACCGAUACCGCAUGAGGAAGCAGAACUGUCCCAACUGUAGCUACUCCUGGUGUGAAAACAUUAAAGACGGCGAGAUGUUGUUACGCAAAGUCGACUUCAUCUGGAUCAACCGAGACCAGAAGUCGUUUGAAUGGUUUGUUAGUUUACUGACCAAACUGGAGAUGGACCAGGCAGAUGAAGAGCCAGAAGGCCGGUUCCUGGAGAUGCACAUGUAUAUGACGUCGGCUCUCAGUAAGAACGACAUGAAGGCCAUCGGCCUGCAGAUGGCGCUGGACCUGCUCGCCAAGAAGGAGAAGAGAGACUCCAUCACGGGCCUGAGGACCAGAACCCAACCCGGACGACCGGAGUGGGGGAAGGUGUUCCAGAAGGUGUCGGAGGAGAAUAAAGGGAAGGUCCACGUCUUUUACUGCGGCGCUCCGGCUCUCGCUAAAACCAUCAAAGCUCAGUGUGAACGCUUCGGCUUCAACUUCUACAAGGAGCACUUCUGACACAAGCUGGGCUUUCAAUUAACUUUAUUAGUCAUCACCAGCCAACACAACCUGGUCUUUCAAUUAACUUUAUUAGUCAUCACCAGCCAACACAACCUGGCCUUUCAAUUAACUUUAUUAGUCAUCACCAGCCAACACGGCUAGUAGAUGUUUAAAGUUACCAGCCAAUCAGAUUCUCAACUAGCCACCCACACACACACACACAAACACACACACACACAUA